AGCACUUGAAAUUCUCCGGAUUUCACGCCGUCCCAAAACCCCUAAGACCCUAAACCGCUCGACGGCAUGGCACCGCCACCGGCGAUGAAGCCUGCCUCCCGGAAGCGCGGGCCGCCGGCGCCGGACCCGGUGGAGCUUCCCCCGCCGGGCUUCGUGGCGGACCGCGCGGAGGCGGCGGCCCGCGUCGAGCGGCUGCUGCGCUACCAGUUCCGCGACGGGCGCCUGCUGGAGGAGGCGCUCACGCACCAGUCCUUCGCCGACGACGCCGUCUCCUACCAGCGGCUCGAGUUCGUCGGGGACUCGGCGCUCGGCCUCGCCUUCUCCAACUUCCUCUACCUCACCAACCCCACCCUCGGCCCCGGCCCGCUCUCCACGCUCCGCGCCGCCAACAUCUCCACCGAGAAGCUCGCGCGCGUCGCCGUGCGCCACGACCUCUACCCGCUUCUCCGCCGCAACUGCCCCCGCCUCGAUCUCCUCGUAGGUCAGUUUAUUGAAACAGUGAAGCAAGAGCCAGAGGAUGAUCUUAGUACUGUACCUUAUGGUGGUAGUGUUGUCAAGGCUCCCAAGGUGCUCGCUGAUAUUGUUGAGGCCAUUGCUGCUGCUGUCUAUGUUGAUUGCAAAUUUGAUCUUGAGAAGCUCUGGAAGGUCACAAGGUGGCUGUUUGAGCCAAUUAUUACAGCAGAAACAAUAGACGAGCAACCUGUGACUAUGUUGCAUGAACUAUGCCAGAAACACGGGAAGAUGGCACAAUUCAAGACAUGGCAAAAAGGUGGGAUGACAGUGGUCAAUGUAUUUGUUGCUGGGGAGCUAGUUGGUAUUGGUUCCUCGGAGCAGAAGGUAAUUGCUAAGCUUAAUGCUGCACGGGAUGCAACAAGGAAGCUUGCAGGUGCAAAGAAGCAAGUGUUAACAACUGGGGUUGGCAACGGAUUGGGGGAUGAGAUUGGAGAGCUUAGGGAGUGCAAACAGAAGCUUAAUGAGCAAUGCAGCAGGCAGAAUUGGCCAAAACCUAUCUUUAAGCAACAAGCAUCACAGAACCCAGCCCUGUCAUCCUUACAUUCCUCUUCUUUCUUCCCCUUUCCCAUUCUGAGCAAAGCAGAGCAAUGUACUGGGCGCAAGCUCGGUGAUUGGGUUAUUGAAACAAAAAGUUGGCAGCUUGAGCUUGAGAGGUGGGGAGGGGCAGCAGCUGUGAGCUCUGUCGCUGGGGAGCAGUGGGGAUGCAAGCUUGAUCAGCGGGGAGCAGCAAUGGCACGGGCUUAGUCUCUGGGGAGUGGUGGUGAUGCAAGCAUGCUCUUCAAGAUUGGGGCAUUGGUGGCGGGAGCUCCGUUUUCAGGGUGGGGCAGUGCCUCAAGCUUGGGACUGGGAAGGUUGGUGGUGCGAGAUCAUGCUUUAGGAGAAGGGGUGGCAGUGUGAGCUGGGGUGCUGGGAGAAUUGGUGGAGAGCAGGGUUAGUGGUGUGAUCUCAGGAUCCAAUAGAAACGGUGGUGUGAGCUCAAGGGCAAGAAAAAGGUGUGGGUGGUCAGAUUAGUUGCCCCAACCUUGCAUCCUGUCUUUCCUCUGCACCAGGUGGAAGAGGUGGAAUUAUAUUAGCAUGGAGAGGUGGACGUUAAGGGAGAGGAGAAGCAGCGCCUGGUUUUCACCUCUGCGUUGCUCUGCUCUGAUCUGUGCAACAGGAGGGUGAAGGGGAAAAGGAAGAAGAAGAAAAACUUUGACUGACAACCUGGGCCCACCUGUCACCUGACUGAAGUGGUGGAAUGAGCAACUUUACUGGGGUUUUGCGACCUAUAGUGCCAUUUAUGUAAAUAAUAGCAAAUGUUUCGUGUGUAUAAAAUGCUAACCAAUUGUUGCAGAAUUUUUGUUCUUUACAAAUAUUGUAAGUACAUGUGUAUA